AUGCAAGUCCUGGUUUUGUUUGAAGAUGAAUAUUUCAAUCUCGAGAACACCGAAUACUUUGCGGAUGAUAAAAAAAUCGAAGUUGGAGCUUUUUGUACCAAUCAUCUUUCAGGAGUUAUCAAUCCCAACCAUUGCAUAGAAGAAUAUAUUGAUGAUCGCGUCAACGUUAUAUUGUACGAACGCUUCUUCAACUGGGAGAUAGCGGCUGGCAACUAUUUGGUAAAAAACUCAGAAUUUGGAAUGAAGUUUCUUCAAGAAUGGGCCAAUUUUGAAUUCCGACUGCCCAACUCAUGGCACGGGUAUGAUCAAGGACCUUUACAGGUAACAUUACGUGAUGUAACCCUUAGAUAUCUAGGCUGCUACCUCUUACUCCUCCUAAAGCUGCUGAUCCCGGAGAGUACUCUUGAGUAUGAAGCCUGUGAAAGAUACUGGAAAAAUGCCACUAGUUACGAAACAUAUAUGGCUAUGGUUUAUUGUGUGAGGCAGGCUCUAGGAGUGACGAAAACGUGGCCCGGCAAAGUGCAUAUUCUUCGUAAAUUUCACGGCUUUGUUCGCGAUGGAUGGGCUACAAAUGGAUAUUGGUGCAAAGCAGAUUUCAUGCUUCACGGAUGGAAGGAAGCAAAACUUAAUGAAACACCUUUCGAAAAGGAUAUUGAUUUGAAACUGUGCGACAAAGGUUUGAAGGCAUGGAAAUGGCAAAAAGAAAAGAAAGUGAGCGUGGAAAGACUACGGUACGUUGUUUGAAU